UCACUUGCUCACUCAGCGUGUUGCCAAGUCAUCGUAAAAACAGUCAACAGCAGUGUGUGGAUGCACUAGUCUUAGUUGAUCAACAACCUCGCGAGGACCAGAGGGCAAUAAGUCUCGGGCCAAAGGAUGUCUUAGCACGGAGCGUCCUGGACACAACCAGUGCAACAUCAAAGACUCGAACUUUCUCACAGAUCUUCAGAUGUGAGACAUCGGCCAUUUGGUUGAUAACUGCUUUUCCACUUCCUUGCGUGAUGACGACAAGCCCUUCAAUGGGGAACCGUGACUCAUCAUCAUCAGAGGAGAGAAAGCUUAUGUACGGUCUGUACGCCACUUCCGCUCUGGCUGUGGUGGACUUUGUCUUUUGUGUCAUCCUCGCCGUCUGCUUCUACAGACGAUCACGACGAAACAGCAAGAGCCUGACGAGAGAUUUGGAAAGUGUGUCAGCAGUGAAUCCUCCGGUGGCCACUGAGCAGCAUAUCCAGACCUACAUGGUGAAUCCUCCGAUGACGUCAGAGCAGCAUAUCCAGACCUACGUCAGCCGAUGCACUCAUGACAGCGACCCCACCUGCUCUUCAAUGGGAGGGACACUGCUGCAUUCCAUCCCCAGCCCCACGCUGCUGCCUCCACCAGCAGUGCUCUUCCCUCCAAGUGCAGAGGUCAUGCCCUGUGCAUGCAGCGCCUCUCCGGCGCCGCACGACAGAAGCGGCUACAUCAGCAUGCGCAAUGACGUCACGAUGGUGUCAUCCACGCUCAACCGCGUGCAGCCUGGCGCCAUGAGCCGCGCGCUAGCCCGCACCCGCCGCAUGAGCAUGUCUGUGCCGGACAUGACCUCACCGCCGCCCAGCCCCAUGGCGCUCUACCCGAGUCACAUGACGCAUUCCAAGUCCAGGUCCAGACCGAGGCUGGCCGCGACCAUGAACCCGCCGUACCGACGAAACCGAUUCGAAGACUUUCCACGCAGUUUCUUUCCCGAAAUGUCUGACGAGGACUCCACCGCCGAAGACGAUGACGGAGAUGCCCCGCGGUACCUGAGCGCCUCCGAAAACUGUUCGCGUUACGUUCGCGACACCAGCGUUCGUAUCCACGAAGGGGAGGUCAUCUACAGCUCGUCUAGGAGUGACGUCAGAAAAAGUCUCGGCGCUCAGAGCGACGAUUACAUGCCGAUGACCAGCACCCUUACCCCACAGCCCGCAGCAGCAAGCAACAGCAGCAACACCAUCAGCACAAACACCAGCGGCAACCAUCACAGUCACAGUCCCUGUCGUUCAAACCUUUACCACAGCCACCGCCGAAACAGCGCGUGACCCUCGUUCCGCUUCAAGCGCCACCUAUGUGCAGACCCACGAAGUUCGGCCAUGCGUACGUGAACCUGCCUGGUAAUAUCAAAAGUCGCUCGUCCCAAGAAGCAGACACACCAUGGAAGCAGAGGGCUGGUGCUGGAGUGACAUCAGCUGAGUCGUCAGCUGGCGUUCCCCGAUCGUCAGCGAUGUCCAAGACUGGGACGUUGUGCCGAGCGUAAGAACUGAUAGGAGGACCAUCUACAACCUCAACAUCCUUGGAAUGUGGCAAGUGGUGCCAAUGAACCACACCAGAACAGACCUUACACCGUAUCACUGCAUUCUGGAUGAAAGUGUGGGUGUGAUGGACUUGGGCUUGAAGACCCAUUGCAGGGCAGCCAGUGAGUGGAGGGUCCAGUGCUUCUUCCUCAACAUCACCAACUUUCUCCUGAUUCUUCCAACCCAUAAAUGAUUCUUGCCUGUCUUCAUUACCCCAGUCUCAUGAUGGGAUUUUUCAAGAGUUUCUCGCUUAAAAGCCUAAAAAAAAA